AUGAUCUCGCUGGUGGCCCGGCUGCUGGACGAGGCCCUCUACGCGUUCUCCACCGAGCCGUUCUUCAUCGGGUGCGUGGCCAAGGUGCUGCAGCUGGACCGCGAACGCUUCGAGGCGCGCGUGCGCUGCUGGGGCGAGUCGUUCGACCUGGCCAAGCAUCCGCAGGGCACCGAAAUCAAAGCGAUCACCUACUCGAACAUGCAGGUGCACGAGACACCGCUGCGCAGCGAUAUCUUCGUGAUCGUCGAUAUCUAA